AUGGAACGCACAUCCGAGUCCCUAUCCUGGCUCUCGGAAGAGUACUUUGAUUUGAAUGGUUCGUACUACGAGACGCUGCGCGCGCCGCCGACCGCUCUGGAAUUUUCUCGAUUGGUUCAUAUAUCAAAGCCGGUUGUCAUCGAAGGGUUCAAACUUCCGGCGCUGCAUCAGUGGUCCGAUGAUUACCUGAUUCGGAAGAUGGGGAGCCGAACGUUCUCUGUCGCCGUCACGCCUAACGGUCGCGCCGACGCCGUCACCAGGGGCCCAGAUGGCCGACUUUAUUUCGUGGAACCGUAUGCGCGUGACAUGACCAUGGAGGCAUUUCUGUCUACGAUCCACGAUAGCAAGUCAACUAAACAUGCUCUGCUGAUACCGUGCUCAUCGCAUGGCCCUUUAGGCACGCGCGGAGGAGAGGGAAAUAUCCAUUACCUUCAAUCACAGAAUGGCAACCUGUUUACUAACGAAUACUUCGAGGGCUCGUCGGAGGAUCCGUCUGAAUUUGAACCCCUUAGAGCGGAUGUUCUGGCUGAAGUACCUUGGUGUACGGAAGCGUUGGGAAGGCCGCCGGAUGCAGUCAACCUCUGGAUCGGUGACAGUAUGAGUGUAACGAGCAUACACAAUGAUCCAUAUGAGAAUAUAUAUACCGUCAUCCGAGGUGCAAAGCACUUUACACUAUUGCCGCCCACGGACAGUUGUUACUUAAAAGAGCGUAGUUAUCCGCACGCAACAUACACUCGCCCGAACCCAUCCUCUCAGGAGUUGGUCUUGACCCCCUCUCUGUUGGCCCCCACCGUCCGAUGGUCCUCCAUCCAAGAUCCAGGCGCACCGGGUGCCUUGGAUGAACGCGCCCACCCGAUCAAUAUCACCCUUACUGCUGGGCAAACUCUAUAUCUGCCUCCGGGGUGGUGGCACCAUGUCCGGCAGUCGGAAGAGCUCACGAUCGCCAUCAACUGGUGGUAUGAUAUAGAGAGCCAGGGUAUGAGCUGGGUAGUGCUUAGAUUCUUGAGGGGUCCUCCUGAGGUCCCUUCCGGGAACGGUUCUGACGACGAAAAUUCUGAAUGA